GUGGUGACACUUUAGGGUGACACAAACAAUUUGUCUCUGUACAUUUAGCACCUGUGUGAUGUGGUGUUUUGUGUUCAAUUAAUAUUUUGUAUUGGAUUUUUGAGUUGUAAUUGAAUUUCAUGGUGUAGGAGAAACAAAACGUGUCUGUAAAUUACGAGUUCUAUCGAAAAUAUAUGUCCGGAUAUUUACUAUUUAUCGUUUUGUUUGUGUGUUUAUUUGUGUGACUGUUUUUUAAUCUUAUCGCGACGCAGUUUGUCAUGUCAAGUGAGAAAGCAUCUGGACUACAAGAAUCUAGUAUGGGGAGUUCUCAGGCUCUACAGCCGGCAGAUGACGACAAUGUGAAGUCGUGUUGGGUGUGCUUUGCUACCGAAGCUGAUGACAGGCUAGCAGCAUGGGUGCAACCGUGCAAAUGCAUUGGCACAACAAAAUGGGUGCACCAGAGCUGUCUUCAACGGUGGGUGGACGAGAAACAGCGCGGCAACAUAACACGGAAAGUCCUGUGUCCCCAGUGUAAAGCUGAGUACAUAGUGGUGUUCCCGUCGAUGGGUGCGUUCGUGGCACUCCUCGAUGCUAUGGAGGAGAUCACCCACAAGAUAUGCCCCUUCAUAGCGGGCGGGGUGCUGCUCGGUUCUAUAUAUUGGAUUGCGAUUACGUACGGCGCGGUCACUGUCAUGCAGGUGGUUGGCCACAGAGAGGGUCUCGAGAUGAUGGAGUCUGCCGACCCCCUGGUGCUGCUCGUCUUGCUACCCACUAUACCGGUGACGUUGAUCAGCGCCAAGAUGUACAAUUGGGAGGAUUCGGUACUCCUAUUCCUAAGGAAGUACUGUGCGAAGAUACCAGCCCUCGCCUAUAUUUUGCCGUUUGGAAAUGUCGAAGGCGACAGAGGCGCCGUAGUGACCGGUCCGACCAACAAUCAGAAUCAGAACAGUAACUCACACCUGUCGCCCACGAGGAUAUUCUGUUCAGCGCUUCUCCUACCCACCAUUUCUACAAUUAUAGGGAAAAUAUUUUUCCGUUCUAUACAAAACAACUUGCACAGGACCAUACUCGGUGGACUCACAUACAUAACUAUCAAGGGUGCAUUAAAGAUAUAUCACAAACAAAUGCUAUACAUAAGACAUUCCAGUAGGAAGAUCCUCGACUAUACAGAAUCUAAUUUGAAGUUGUAUAGGAGUGCUACAACAACCACUGCUGAUGCGAUGUCUAGCACGCGGGAUGAUUCCGAGCAGGUUGUAUAAAAUGAAAUAAAUUGUAAUAGCAAAGUAUGGUUAGGUCGUUCGGUUUUUGUAAAGUAGGGUAAAGUACCCAAUUAUCGGCUGUCGAUAGAGUUUAGUGUGUAACGGUUAAUUUGAUUUCAAUAUUGCUCCUACUUCGUGAGUAAUAUUUUUUUUUUACAAUCUUAUCGUCAUUAUUUUAUUUUAUAUUUUGUUUAAAGAUUUUUAUAUGUAUAUGUAACUAUUAAUUUGGACGCGAUCGUGUAUAGAAGGCGCGUUAGACUGAAAUAUUUGUAAUUCUUUUUCCUUGGAAAUGAUUGUAAUUCUUUAUUGACGUUAGUUUUAAAACAAAAAAGGUAGACGCUCAACAAAGUUUUUGAAAUGUCGUAAUUCGGUAUAUACAGGGUGUAAGGGACAGGUUGACAAAAACUAAAACAGUAAAUUCAGACCAUUAUUCUGAACUUAAAAUAAGUGAAUAUUCUGUCCGAUAAAAUUAAAAAAAAUCCUGCCUUUUUUCAUUUAAAAUUAUGUAAUCUAUAAUAUUAGGUCAUAAUAUAAAGAAAUAAUAAUAUUUUGUAGAGAAUUAUUAUGAAGUACCAAAAAAGUGUAAUAUUAAAACAAUGUAAUAUCUGUAUUAAAAGCAUACUGCGACGCGCGGAACCAGCUGUGUAAGGUCAAUGCUACGAGCGCACGAAUACUACCGUCGAAGAAACGUGUAGAUAUCCCGCGAUGCGUAGAGUAUAGUUCGUCGUAAAAUUUCAAAUACAUUGCGCGGCAUUUAAAUUAAGAAUUAUAAGUCUGUGGUGCAUUUCCGGUGGGAAAAUAAUCUGCCAUCUGAUUCAGACCAUUCAUUUGAAUCAGCUUUUUUUCUCCUGUCCUUUCACUUUGUAUUUUUAUAACCUUACAACAACUGAAGAUAUAAAUUCUCAGACACUUCAUUUGCUGCGUCUCGAUGUUUUAAACGGAUGUAUAAAGUUAUUGUGUAUUAAACCAAUAUGUAAAAUACCUUUAGCUCACAAGAUCCAUGACAGUAAGAAUAUUGUCAUACAAUAUCCUCAGGAAUCCUUUAUAAUAUUUUAUCCAAAUUUGUAGUUGGAUACAAAUAUAAGAUUAUGUUUAAAUAUGA